AGUAGAUGGCGAGCAUCAAAUGUUGGACUUUUUUUUAAUAUUUAUACUGCCGAUGAAUAUCUGACAUAUUUAGCUAUGACGUGCAGGUAUACAUGUCAGCCAACGAUAAUCGAGCAGUCUGUGUCAGCCACCGAGCUCGAGACAUAAAAAGCUCGCGCUUCACGUUCUCCGACCCAAUCCGUUCUUGUCCUUCGACUUCUUCUCUCUUACGCUUGUUUCUUGCAUUUGCUACCCCACAUUCGUUCAUAAUGCGCUCCCUUUCAAUGCUCGCUCUCGUGCUCCCUGCCGUGCUCGCAGUCCCUCUUGAAGUUACCACUCAUCACCAAUAUUCACCUUCUUCCUGCGUCAUCGCAGACGUUGCUUAUCCAGAUCCUCGACAUGCCCUUGUGCUCCUUGGUAGACGAGAACUCAGCCCUCCUACCGGACUAUCUGAGCGCACUUUCACCGACCUCCUAGUCUGGUGCCACGAGUUUGGUCGUUCAUCCUCUGGUUUGCUCGUUGCUCGUCAGGAAGGUGGCUGCUCUUCUGGAGCUUUUGGUGGUCCGGUAGGGAGUGAUAGCACGGCUGGCACAACCAAUCCAGGAGACGCUCCGCAGAAUUCUUCAGCGUCUGGUUAUCAGAGCGCAGGUUCUUCCGCCGCCGAGCCUCCGACGACCCCCGCAACUUCUACACCUGCUGUUUCACCUGCCAACUCUGUCGCUCGUCCUGCAUCUCCGGGAGACACGCCUCCAGGAAUGUCUGGAGGUGCAACUGACCCCACGACAUCUGGCACGUCAACCGAUACUCCCACUAAGAGCGACGUUUCUAAAGAUGCCGGAACUCCUGCAGGAAUCAAUCCCUCUGGAAACGAUACUGCGACCACAGGCCCGGCAAAUAGCAACGCAUCUGAUAACGGGAGUGCAUCUGCGAUACCACAGUCCACCCCACCCGCACCUACCACUCCCUCCUCUGCGACAUCUCCGUUUCUAAUUGUCAGCGGCACCAGUCCUGUCGCGGACAUCAAUGCAUCGGACAGUCAGGCGAACGGAAUAACAGCGUCAUACAUACCCUCAGGUGCAGCACCCCAGACUUCUCCAGAUGGUACCGUCAACGGUGGUACGAUGCCACAGACUGUCCCUGAUGGUACUUCCAACGGUGGUACGAUGCCCCAGACUGCCCCGGAUAGUAUCACCAAUGGUGGUUCAACGCCACAGACUGUUCCCGAUGGUACUAUCAAUGGCGGUACUCCACAAACUGUCCCGGAUGGUACUGUCAACGGUGGUACGCCCCCUUCCCCUAUUGCUGAAACAGGUACUUCUGGUUGCCCAAAUCAUUUUGUGGACGUUACGGGCGUUAUUUCUGUGAGCGUGGCGAGUGCGGAGACUUGUGAUAGCGUGUAGAUUCCUGUAGCAUUGUAACGCAAAUAUGUUUUAAGUUUCCCAAUACCGAUGAGGGGUGUCCCAAAAUGGCAGUUGUGCAAAACAAC